UCAAACAAUUUCUCAGCCCAGUGUAACCACACACUGUUCCUCAAUCAGACAAAGACACAGACACUCAACAUUGCAGCUUAGAACGAUGCAUGCAAGUUGAUGACAGGAUGAUGUUUUUCACAGUGCAAUCAGUGUCUCUGCUUGUGAUAUUCAUAAUAUCAGGUGUCUUUGCUACUGAUUGGCAUGUAACCUAUACACAGCUGCAAAUCUGCGCUGUAGAAGGGUCUUCAGUGACCAUGUCCUGCACAUACACAUACCCUGGGCAUCUUAUUAUUCAGGAAGCUUUCUGGACAAUACAGAAUUCACAAACCGCAGUUAAUCUCGCUCAAGAUCCAAGGUACAGAGACAGAGUUAGGGUGGACUGUGGGAGCCUAACGCGUGGACACUGCACUCUAAACAUACACAAUGUGGAAAAGGGAGAUGGUGUCAUGUACUACUGCAGGAUUAUAACCACUACAACUCUACAAAGAUGGAUUGGCAUACCAGGAGCUAUGUUGUAUGUCAUAGAGCUGCAUGUGGAAGGUGUCCAGAGUACAAAGGAAGGAGAUCACAUGACUCUCACCUGUCGUGUCACCAACUGUCCUCCGGGUGGCAGCACUUACUCAUUCACCUGGAGUAAAGAUGGACGUCCUGUAGAGGAGAAGCAGAUCAUCAACAACCAGCUGCAACUCCACCCAGUCACUUAUGAAGAUGAGGGCAACUACACCUGUGCUGUUAGAGGCCAUGAGGGUCAUCCAUCGCCAGCACAUAUGCUCAAUGUCCAGUAUUCACCAAGGAACACUGUGGUGUCUAGAAAUCCUUCUAAUGAGACACUAGAGGGCGAUUCAGUCACUCUGACCUGCAGCAGUGAUGCCAAUCCACCAGUUGAGAACUACACCUGGUUUAAGGUGAAUGAGUCCACUCCAGUAGGAUCAGGACAGCAGUACCGCAUCACUAACAUCAGAUAUAAGGACGGUGGAGAGUACUACUGUGAGGCCAGGAAUGAAAUUGGUUCUAAUAGAUCUUCUCCACUGCUAUUGAAUGGUAUCACCCUCAUCUCCCUUAUACUGUACACUGCCACUCUGAAAGACACACUCACACACACACACACACACACACACACACACACACAUACCUACACUCAAACACACACAUACUGUACACACACACACACACACACACACACACACACACACACAGAUGUCUUGCCAUUAAUUUGUCUCUUGUCAUUUAGUAAUUGCAGGGGGCAGCAACCUAAUGAUGUACAUCCUAAUUGCCAUGGCAGCAGCUUGUGUACUUCUGAUUCUUCUCUGUGUCAUUGCUCUUUGGAUCAGGUUUGUUUUUCAUCACAAUGCAGUUGCUACACUCUCAUUAUUACAACUAAAUAUCACGUUUUCAUUUCAUGUGCUGUUAUCACUGUAGCUGGCGUCAUAAAAGAAAUACGGAGGUUACAAGGAAUGAAAAGGAUCAGGAUGAUGACCAAUAUGCCAACAUCGGCUUUCAGGGAUCUACUGGAGUUGCCUGUUCCCCCAGUGCUGAGGCUGCAGGAGGAGCAGAGGAUGAUGGUCACUACUCCAACAUCCAGCCCCACGGCUCCAGACAGACUGCAGGAGCUCAAGAGGAUGACGUCCAGUAUGCCAGUGUCCAGUUCAAGAAGGCCAGAGCUGCAGAGGGGUCUCCUGCUCAUGCUGACCAGGAGGACUCGGUCAUCUACAGUGGGGUCCAGUCCCAGCACCCAUCCCAGCUCAGGCCGUCUGAAGAGGAGGGGUCAGCUAAUACAGACAUCUACAGCACAGUGCAGAAACAGCCUAGAACAUGAUGAGAACCAUGCCUAGAACAUGAUGAGAACCAUGCCUGGCACCCAUGAUGAUUCAAGAAUAUGGUGUCCUCGUCUAAUAUUUCACAGUAAUGAGGAUCUUUUUUUUAUUAUUGUGAUAAAGGCAGUCCAAAUAUUUAAAUUUGGGCAUUUUUUCUGGAUCUUUACUCAUGGAUUUUAUGGAUCAAACAUAUAG